AUGCCUACCGAAAUCUUCUCCACUCUGCCGCCCAUCUAUGUUCUGCCAACGCAUCUCUCUCUAGAGAUUUUGGACGAAGUUGAGGGCCAAGUACUCGACAAUGGCGGCAACCUGACCUACGAUAUCUCCGAGGCCGGAUUGGUUCUCGGAAAGGUCAAUCGUGCCAAGCGUGCUGCGCUGGAGCUGCGUUCACGCGGGAUUUGGACAGAGGACCUUUCCCUUGCUCUUACUCCCGCAUCACAAACGCAUGCAAGGACGGCCCAGCCUCCCAUCAAACGUAGACGAAUCACGGCCUCGAAGGAACAAUGUGUCCCAACUGAAAUAAUUGAUCUCAGUACAGAGUCUGAGAACGAGGAAGAUGGAGUCACAAGUCUUCAUGAUCCGUCAAAACACCUCAUCAAAACAGACCCGGACAAGUCGAUAACUGUCCUGAAGCUUGAAUGGUUAGAGGCCUCAAUUCAAGCAGGUAAAUGCUUACCAUUGACUCCAUUCACGGUAUAUCGAGGCCGCAAGAUCCCUUCACCUACGACACCAAAAGUCGAGAAGGUCCAGUUUGACACGAAGUCGACUCAAAUCAUUCAGCGCGCAAAACAAGACGCCAGUCAGAAAUCGCCCACUAUCUCGAGCCAAGGCAAUACACGUCGCUCAAAAGAACCACCCGACGCCAGCCAACGACCCAUUCCAAAACUUCACCGAGAGACAACCUCCGAAAAUGAAGAAACCAACCCACUGCCGCCCCAACCAGAAUGGGUCCGUGACCAAGUCUUGCUGGCAUGUAUGCGUUCAACGCCACUGCAUCCACCGAACGAAGACUUCAUCUCCCAACUCAUCAAAAUUCGACGUAUUCGUGAGCUCACCCUGGACCAAAUUGGCGUUCGCGCAUAUAGCACUUCGAUUGCCUCUGUCGCCUCGUAUCCACAUCGAAUCCGUCGCCCGAGUGAGAUCCUCGCUCUGCCCGGAUGUGACGUUAAGAUUGCAAAUCUCUUCACCCAGUACCAGGAAGAUGGCGGGUGCAGCCAUACCGAUGAUGACGGAAACAUUGCUGCGGCGGACGCACUAGAUUCGGAUCCUGUCCUCCGGGUCUUGAAUUCAUUCUAUGAGAUCUGGGGAGUUGGCGCAAAGACAGCAAGAGAAUUCUACUACCAUCGUGGGUGGCGUGAUCUCGACGACAUCGUCGAGCAAGGAUGGAGUACGCUAUCGCGUGUGCAGCAGAUCGGGGUGAAAUUCUACGAGGAAUUUCAACAAGGUAUACCCCGUUCUGAGACUGAGGGUAUCGCAGCUGUUAUUCAAGACCAUGCGAAGCGUGUUCGGCCCGACUCUCCCGGCAUCGAGUGUAUUGUUGUUGGGGGGUACCGACGUGGAAAGGAAAUGGCUGGUGAUGUCGAUAUCAUCCUGACCCAUCGCGAUGAAGCUGUCACUCAUAGAAUUAUUGUGGAUAUUGUGGCAAGUCUGGAGAAAGAACACUAUAUCACUCACACGCUGUCAUUGCAUUUGACAUCUUCGAUGCGGGAACAGCAGACUCUCCCUUUUCAUGGUGACGAGACGGGGAGAGGCUUCGACACUCUUGAUAAAGCACUGGUUGUGUGGCAAGAGCCUACUUACAUUCCCAGCAUGAAUACUUCUGAUAGCCAUGGGAGGAAGAAUUCCAAUAUACAUCGCCGGGUUGAUAUCAUCAUCUCCCCAUGGCGCACUGUCGGCUGUGCUGUGCUUGGUUGGUCUGGCGAUACCACUUUCCAACGGGACUUGCGGAGGCAUGCAAAGAAGGCCCAUUCGUGGAAAUUUGAUUCAAGCGGUGUACGAGAUCAACACACUGGGCAGGUUGUUGACCUGGAAUGUGGAGGAGAGACUUGGGAGGAAAGAGAAAGGCUGGUCAUGGAAGGAUUGGGAGUUGGCUGGAGACCACCGGAAGAACGAUGCACAAGAUGA